GCUUUCCGACAGUCCCUGAACUCAUCACGGUAGGCCCACGCCCUAUAGGGAAGGCUCUUGCAGGAGUUCCAUACUGCUUCUUCUCCUUCCCUAAACUGUGCUUGUGGUCGGCUAACUGUGCUUAUCACGGCUUUUAGUGCGACCUUGUUUACGGUGUGUAGGUUAGCAGGAAAGUUCGCACGAUAUCACGAUAACCGUCAUGUUUUGACGAACUGUAAACAUAUCGCGUGUAGAUCUGGACGACGUUUUACACGAGGCUGUUUGCGUGUGUUAUCAAUCACAACAGAAGAUGCUAGUGUUGUUGUUUCUGAGUGUCUGGGUUCCAUUUGGUGAGUCAAAGUGUCAAGUCGCAUUUCUUCAGUAUUGAUAGUAAGUUUUAGGUAGUAUUUGUCGUUAACUGUGGUAGCGGUGACUCUUGUCCAUUAGUGGUUGAAAAAAAAAGCCAAAUUACGACUAAUUGUACGAAUAACGGAAGCGUAACAUCCAUGUUUAGGCUGUAUGAGUUAAAAAAAAUACAUAAAUCAAAGGUCAUUGGGUAUGUCCACUUAAAAGAUUGUGUAUAUAUAUAUAUAUAUAUAUAUAUAUAUAUAUAUAUAUAUAUAUAUAUAUAUACAUAUAUAUUAUGGAGUAGCUCGACGCCUGUGAUAAAAAAUGAUUAGAUGGAAACAAUCCAGCUUUAAUCAUUUGAUGCAACAUAUUUCAAUCACGUAAAAGCACUGAGAAAAAAAACAAACAAACUGUGGGGAGUUUUUAACUGGCUAUGAAAAAGACUGAAAUUUACACUGAUGCUGCUAUAGCAAACAAGAACAUCAGCUACUAGACUGACUGUUUCAGGGCUGUUAUUUCAGUGCCUAAUUGUUGCAAAGGGAAAGGUGUCAGGCCAGACAAUUGACACGCUGAAGCAACAGUUUUUUUCUUUAAGUUUAAAAUAAUGUAUGUUGUUUUUCAACGAAUAUUAACAAUAAAUAAUGCACUUGACUGCUAAAACAAUGCACUAUUGUAUCAGAAAACACUUCCUACAGAAGUGCAGGAGGAGAUCAGUAAAGGCAUGACAGGUUCCUCUGUUGGCUAAGUGAGCAUCUAAAUAAGAUGUAAUAAUUUGCUAAAUAUUUGAUAUAUAUUUUUAAACUUUAUUAAAAUAAAUGGAAAAAAAAUACAGUAACAGCUUAAAAAUAACGGAAAAAUAGUUUAAGUUGUGAAUAAAUGAGGUAGCAUGCUUACUAUAACCUCUUUCAUAAUUUUAAAGAAUAUAGGUGGAAUUAUUAGAGGUGUACAUCACUUUAUCUGAUUCUUCUAUAGCUAAAAGGUAAAAUUCAAAAACCUAACAUAUCAAAGGUUUUCAUGCAAAUAAAAAUCACUUUGUAAUAAAAACAUUUUGUAUUUUUUUUUUUUUACUGUGUAUCAAGUACUUCAUUGAGGUUUACCCAUAAAACACAUGCUUUUAUUCCUUUAAAACACUUCUUGACUGCUGUACUGGCUCGAAACAACCCUCAUAUUUGUUUUCACAAGGUUGUAACCAGUAUUUGACUUCUGCUUGUUCCUGCCCUUCCCAGGCUUUUCAUAUGAGGAAUUAUACUAUGGGGACACUUUCAGGACAUGGGUGUCCAGCGGGAUUCAAACCAUUGAGCUCACCAAUAACAGAAACCCAACUGCCAAGGUCGUGUGGAACCGGGAUGACCCUUCAGCAGGCGGUGAAGACGGCAGGCUGUGGAUGGAUGGAUCCUACUUUGUGAUAGAUAGAAUAACUCAGAGAGACAGUGGACGCUACUCACUGAGAGACAAAGAUCAUAUAUUGCAGCGUUACAAGAUCCUAGAGGUCAUACGUAAGGAUGCUUCUCUUUUGUUUUUUAGUUGUUUUAUUUUCAGGUAUUUCUUUUCCAAGACAGUCUGGUGUUUUCUUAUGGACUGAAAGUUAAAUUUAGAUCUAGUACAACCUCUAAAUUUGUUCCAUUUAUGUUAUUGUCAUAGUUUAAAGGCCUUUCAAGGGUUUAGAUUGGGUUUAACAUAGAUUGUACCAAAAAGAGGUUGUGGUCAAAAAGAAGUCUGUAACUCAUUCCUGGCCACUAUCAAGAAUUCAGACUCAUUAUAGUACAAGUCAAAUGCUGCCUUAGAGUUUAGAUUUUAGUGUCAAAUUACCAGAGGCAAACACCUCACACUCUCAUGUUCAAAAAGAGUCAAUACUUUGGGGAGAAUAUCUAUCUUGUUGAAGUGUUUCCCCUUAGUGAGUACAGAAUAUGUAGUUAGUGUAGAUUCAACCUGUUAGCGUAAAUGCAUCAUGGGGCUUCAAGUUUUACUCUUGACUCUUCUGCUGAUUAUGGUUCAGGAGCCACAUUUAUAGAGUUUUCACGACCCCCCAUGUCUAUUUAGGAACAUGGAUGAAAUUCUAACAGUGAACUUACAAAAAGAAAACAACAACAGAAACACACACAAAAAAGGUGGUGCAGCAUUUUAACUGAUGUGACUUAAAAGAUAAAGAUCACUUUGAAAUUUACUGUUUUGUGUGUUUUCUCUUCCAGCACGCCAACAAAGUGAAACACGAAACCCUGGUGACUACUUCAGCAUUGAUUUCGAUGUUGAACCAGACUCCUGCAACGUAUACUAUACCUCAAACUUUCUAGAAGCAGAUGACACUAAUAUAGUUCGGCGAGGUAGGAUAGUAACUUAUUAUGCUGGUGGUUGUUCAGGAUUUGAGGCUCAAUAUAGCUGUAGGCUUGUACAUUAUGACCUUCCAAAGGCGUGCAGUGGGGUCUAUGUGGUCAGGGACAAGGAGGACAACCAGGUCAUGGAGCUCUCACUGGCGAUGGAGGGUAAGUGACACCUAUGAUUCAAAAUAUUUUCUAAUUACUUAAAUCUUACUGUGAUUUUACCUGUUUUUAGCUUUGGCUUUUAUUGUGAGACCACAGAUUCAGACAGUGUCCUAAGCUGGACAGAGAUUUCUUACUCAAACCAAAACCAAAAAAAACAGCUGAGCCAUUGGCUGUCUUUUAUUUGUAGUUGUUAUGUUCCUUUUUUUCUUUUAAAAGUGAACCUACUUGGAAAAUAGUGUAACUAUGAGUAGUUAUCAAGUUAUAAAUACCUCCAUCAUUAAUUUAUAUGUUUUUAGUUGUCUUAAAGUUGUGAAAAUUGAUCAUAAUUUUUAGGGUUGCAGCUUUCUGUUUAGUGUCCUAUUUAAAUUCCCUGUGAAACAAAAAGUGAUACACAGGAUAUUUCACAUUUUAGAUCAGGGAAGCAAUGGAGCAAGUGUUUCAUAUUUCAGAGAUAACAUGACUAAUAUAAAUUGUUCAAAUUUUUAUGCAUUCACUCACCUUCUUCUAUGCCAGACCCAUAUGAACCUGCUGUUGAUGCAACCCACAUUGGCAUUGGUGUUGGUGUUUCCCUCGGUGUACUUUGCUGCUGUACCUGUAUGAGGCGCUGCUGCUGUAAAAAGAGCUCGAAAAAGGGUGAAGCUGAGAGUCCUGAUGCUGAACCUGCUAACAGCCACCCUACGGUGACCACAUUCUUCUUUAAAGCAUACUGACCCCCUCCUAUAGAAAACAGUCAUGUAAACUCAUGUCCUGCUGUUGAAUUCAUGUGUUCUUGUCUUGCUUUUGUUUGACACAAACUGCAGUAUGACAGAGAGCCCGUCGGACCGAGGAGAGACCAGGCCAGCCAGCCUUCUGAGACAUUAUAUCCCACUCUGCCUUCUUAUAAUCAGAGUACCCCGCUGGUAAGAACACGUAUUUUAUAGAAAUAACUUUACCUCACUUGAGGACUGGCCAUCUCUAAAUGAUAAUGAGCGCCUGGACUUUUCCGUCACACGCAUCCAAAACCUGUUAAUACUGGAAAGAUAAGUCAAGACACCCAGUUGCAAUACUGAAUUUAUAGAAAUUCCAAUUUACAAUUUGGCAAGGAGUAUCUUGAUACACAGAGAAACAUAUCAACAUAAGAUUAUGGGACAGUUCUCAAUUGGAUUUGAACUCAUCUAUGAAAUUCCCAAGAGGACGAUAAAAAUGUCUGCUGAAAAAAAUCAUGAAAGCAACUUUUUUUAAAUGAAGUUAUGGUUAACGUCAGAACUUCAUUUGAAUUAAAGGGAUAUUCCGGCGUAAAAUUAAUUUAGGGUCAAACACACUGCAACACCGAGUUAGACACCCCCUUGAGAGAUGAAUGUUGCCGACUGCUUGCUUCUCUAGUUUUACCAACUUUAGUAACGACUGCAAGAUAGCAAUACACAGCGGUCUGAGGAGCCAUAAACAAACCUCAACCAAAAUGCCACUCUAUAGCCACAAAUAAUGUUCAGAACAGCACCUAACUUCAUCAACAGUACAUAUAGGGUCCCAGCCACAGCACUAACCACCAAAAAUCUUUUUAACUUUGCCUAAUUUCUUUAGCAAAGAGACUAAACACAACUCACCUACUCUCUUCCAGCAGCCGCUCGUUUGUAGUGAGACCUCAGGCCAGUCCAUUAUGGACCACAGUGGGGUGACGCAGCUCAAGGAAGAACAUUUAUGAUCAUUACUUUAUCAUUUCCUUGAAGUAAUAAUCAUCAUAUUAAUCAUUUUGUACUGCGGACGUGGUAGUUCUUCUGCCUUCGUGUCUCAGUCUGAUUGCAUUUCCUUGAAGAAAUGAUCAUAAAUGUUCUUCCUUGAGCUGAAGUCCGUAAUGGACUGGCCUGAGGUCUUGCUACAAACAAGCGGCUGCUGGAAGAGAGUAGGUGAGUUGUGUUUAGUCUCUUUGCUAAAGAAAUCAGGCAAAACUAAAAAGAUGUUUGGUGGCUAGUACUGCGACUGUGACCCUAUAUGUACUGUUGAUGAAGUUUGGUGCUGUUCUGAGCAUUAUUUGUGGUUAUAGAGUGGAGUUUUGGUUGAGGUUUGUUUAUGGCUCCUCAGACCCCUGUGUAUUGCUAUCCUGUGGUCGUUACUAAAGUUGGUAUAACUAGAGAAGCAAGCGGUCGGCCACAUUCAUCUCUCAAGGGGGUGUCUAAUUAGUGUUACAGUGUGAAAAAAAAAAAAAAAAAACUUUUUUGUUUGGCCUGAACCAAGUAGCAACAUCUGCUGUUUUAAAGUGAAGCCAAAUAAUAAUAACAGCACCCCCAUAACCGGAUACUAGAAGAUGGUUUAGGGAGACAAGAAAUCCCUGCUGUCAUCUUGAACAGCACAUUCUUCAAGCAAAAUUUAACAUGUCCACAGCUCAGUACAGUAACACAUAAGGCUGCACCUAUAGGUGUGAGGCUGGGUUGACUGACAGACAGGCACGUUUUCAAAAUGCCAGUGGGUGAUGUCACUAAGACUAUGUCCAUGUAUUACACAGUGUAUGUGGUUUUAUUUAAGAUUAUUAACUGUUUGAUUUUACUUUAGAUCAGAGGAUAAAGUUAUCAGUCAACUAGUCUACCAAAUGCAGUUCAAACAGCAAGCAUAUUUACACUCCUGCAGCUAUCUGAGGACAAAUGAAUACUGCAGUGGAGAGUCAGAUGAUUUCAGCUAAAUUUAAAAUACAAUUUGAUGCAUACAAGUGGUACACAGUAACAAGUCGGGCUGUGCAAUGGUAGUGGUUAUUGCUCAUACUUAUUCUCUUCAUGACUGACAAGUUUUAUGUCUAAUCACUUUGCAGAUACACAAUCCUCCACCUGCGGAUGUGCCGCCAGCCUACUCUGAGGUACGGCCUGAUCAGCCUGAGCAUGCACACCUUCCCUGUGGACUUAAAUGUUCUUAUCCUGAAGGUUCUAUUGACAUUUUGAGUGUUGCCUCAAAGAAGGCUUUUUUUUUCUCAAAAGGUUUAAACGUAUUUCAUGGUUGUCAGUCUUCCCCACCUCUACAUGCACAUUAGUGUGCCACAAUGUGUGUAUAUCAAGCACAUGCUUUCUUUUCUUCUGUGUGCAAAAACACUAAGAAAAACACAAAGUUACCUUUCACACCAUAUUUUGUUAUGAUGUAGUGACCUAGAUUCAUUUUCUGUUUUACUGUCCCGUUCAUCAUAGCUUAAGGAAUGUACUUUUUAGAAAACUGUUUUUUGUUCAUGAUGAUUUCUUCAAGUUGGGUGAUUCUGAAAAUUAGAGUUGUUAUUUAGAUGAGGAACCUUUUUUUAUAGCAGAUUUUGUCUGCAAAGCAGUGAAAAUGCAGAAUACAGUGUUUACAACUGAGCAGUAGAAGGAACACUCAACUUUGUGAUGACUGGUGGUGAGAUGUUGGGACACUGCUGUACUGUCUUUUGAACCCACAAGUGUUGGGCAUUCAGAUACGAUACAAUCAGUCAAUCAGCAAAGUGAAACCUCUGUCUCUUUUCCUCCAGGCCUCCCUUCCAACAGAGCGGGUUGAUGCUCCAACUUUCCCUGUCCCCUCUGAUGACCCUGGACCUCGAUUUGAACUCUCCAUCCCGUCUGCUCUGCCGCUCAGCUCAGAUUCCGAUUUCUCUCACGUUUAUACUUCAGACAAACUUAACUUUUGAGAGGACCUCUCAAAAGUUAUAGUCCAUUCUUAGCUGAAUGUAACAGUUCUUCAACAUUUUGAGUAAACAGCAGAAGAACAAAUGCAGUUAACAAAUUAAGUUACUUAUGCUGAGAGCUACACUACUGGUCAAAAGUUUUUGAUGGUAAAGGAAACUGAAUUCACGGACACCUUGACUUUCUUGGCAAUUUCUCUGUAGGAAAGACCUACAUUUUUAAGUGUUAUGAUUGUCUGUCUCUCUUCUAUCGUUAAUUGCCUUUUUCUCAUCAUUUUUAUAUUAGACUUGAGCUGCUUGAAUUUCAAUAAAAAACUUGAAAAUUAGGAUGUUCUUAAAACUUUUGACCCGUAGUGUAGGUAAGCUGUUUCCUUCUCUUUCUUGUAUCAAAGCUCAGCUAAACUAAGCAGCUGCCCACUUUACCUCAUAAGAGUGAUUUUAAACCACUAUUGAAUGUCAAAAAGGACAAAUUCAGGAUGAUUUAGCUGAUGUAGUUUCAGGAAACCUAAACCGAGAAAGACCUUUACUCCUCAAGAACCAACCAAUCUGUCCCUCUACAUUUUUCACAAUCUAUGACGGUUCAUUGUGCCAAAUAUUGUGACCGCUCUCAUAAAAUUUCAGCCUCAGGUGUCACAAGAAGAGCCAAGUUUCUGCCUAAAGCUCGUGAGCCAAAGUCAUGGCUAAGAGGACAGUUUUCAAUAAUAUGGGAACACCAAGUUCAGAAGUUGUGAGAUAUUUCCAAACUUUUCCUACCUCAGUUUGAGCCUCUGGGUUUAACAAUCUCAUUAGUUUUUUCAUAGUACUGAACUGAUUGAUGUCAGGGUGCUGUGUCAUUUAUUGCAGAGUGGGAGCACUUUCAGGGAUGAAAUAGACACCAAGUUGCCUUUACUCUGCAAAUCUCAUUUGUUCAAUUAACAGAAAUUACAUACCGGUUAUGACUGACUUUGUAGCUCUGAUAUAUUGAAAUCCUUUUUUUAAUAUGUGAUACUUGCAUUAUACUCAAUGUAGUGUAGUGUAGAUUUAAACAAAAAUUACUUCAGAUAGGGUACAUAUCCUUUGCUCACAUCAGUAUGUAGUUAAUGAAACUUAACAUAUUCCAUUGUUCACAAGAGUCACAGAUAUACAAUGUCUAAUACUAGUGCAUUAAAUAACAAAAAUGUGUCUUACUAACACAAAUUUAAGCCAUAAACUUAAAAAAAAGCUGUGUUUUCCUUCUGUUUGCAUGUCUCUUGUUCAUCCCUCACAUGUACUCCAAACACAGAGCUGCUGUUGGAGGUUUUUAUAUUUGAUAUAAGCUUGAUGUCAAAGCUGUUAUUGUAGGUUUGGUUUUAUUAACACGCUGAAUUGCAUGUUAUUAAUGGCUGUAAUACAAAUGAGACAGGAUAGUGGUCAUUUUUCCUCUCUCAGCACUGACGGGAGACCUUUGUGAGAGCAGAAUAGAAUACAAUAAAAAGAUGUUCUAGUUAAGAGGGCACUUUUACAUGCUUCUUUGUGUAUUCAGAUUGUGUGCUAUGUGCAUUAAAGCUAGUAACAGUCCACUUAACGAUGUCUGUUUGUAUUUGUUCCACUUUCUCCAUGUUUGGUGUAAUAAAACACAAUGUCCUUUUA